AUGCAUCCACAACUUGAGGCCCAGAGAUUUCAUUCUUGUCUCGAUCUUAUAGAGGCCCUUGAUCAAUGCCAUCAGGCCGAAUACUACAAAAGAGCGCUGGGACUUUGCAACAACGAAAAAGAAGCACUUUCCAAAUGCUUGCAUCAGGCCAGAUACGAAGUUGGGAAAGCAGCUAUCUUGCAAAACCGUGAGAAACAGAAAAAAAUGGAUGCCAGAUGGAAACAGAUAAAAGAGGAAGAAUACGGCGAAGAUGCCAUACUUCAACGUAUCAUCCAAGAACAGGUCGCUAAAAGGCAGAAGGAGGCUGCUGAUAAGUCCAACUAA